AUGAUCCUCCUCGCCCUCAAUGACGACGUCCUCACGAACAUCGUCUUCUUCCUCUCCUGCCGCGACGCGCUCAGCCUCUCCGCGACGGCUAGACACAUCCACUACAUCGCGAAACGACGUGUGCACACGUCUGCGGAGCUGCACUUCCCCAUGCAGACACCGCGCUUCUGCGCGUACAUGCUCGACGACGUGCUCGACCGCGCACAGCGCCUGCAGACCCUUACGGUCACCUCCAAGGCACUCUCGGUCGACGGCGGCGCCUUCAGUGCGGACUCGUCAUCCGCAGAUGCGCUUGCGGACCUGCUGGAGCAGACGACGAAUCUGCGGACCCUCAGCUUGGGCUGCGCGUCCGCGCUUAUGAAGCUGGACGAACGCAUAUGGCCUGCCAUCGCCGACCUGCGCACUCUGGAGGAUCUCACCCUGGACGACAUGACUACCGAAUCGACGCGCCUGCUUCCCACGCUCAAAGGGCAGCCUCAUAGGCUGCGUAUGCGCUUCGCCCAUUACCCGAGCGUCGUACCGGACAUCAAGCCCCUCCACAGUGUCUGGAACUUGGAACUCGAAGGUAUCACGAUGCUGCGCGAUCCCGUAAAGUCUACAUGGCCCGUCUGGCCUAAUGUCCGUCGCCUCGGUUUGGAGAACACGUCUGUCACGAUGUCUGCUCUCCUCCACACGUUUCCUAACGUCCGCAGCUUCGUCCUCGGGCGCGCGAGCAUCACGGAGCCGCACUGGAAGCUGCUGGAGAACAAGGAUAGCCAAUUGACAUGCUGGCCUGACCUGGACUACGUCUACGGGCUGCCGUACUACUUCGGCAACUUCGGUACCGGUGACUGGCCCGUGUGUUGCCCGGUGCAGUGGUUAAACUUAACCGCGGCCAGCUGGGAGAAGCCUCAGCAUCGCCAGCCGUUCUUGCGCGCGAUGAACGUCUUGCCGCCGACCGCGCUUAGCUUUCGGUUCCAGGAUGUUGGGACGACCUCCUAUUCAUUUUUCGUUGACCUCGUUCAGACCGCGACACGCUUGAGGGGAUUGGAGAUCGUCCUCGUCAUCCCCGCUAAUCACGGAGCAAGCGACUUUCAAUGGCUGGAAGGACUCAUGCUCUCUCGCAUCGUGUGCCUCAAAAUCACUCUGGACCGCUCAUCUUGGAACUGCACCCAGACCAUCGAUCCUCAGAAGUUGGUCCGCACACUUUCCUCGGUCCAAUAUGUCUCGCUCCCGUACUUCGGCGAUGCGAACAGGCUAGGAGAGCACAGGUGGUGGAAAGCCGUCGGAAGAGGCAUCGAGCGCACCGUAGCUCGUGUGCCAAACCGUCGAGGUGAUCGCGUGCUCGAGUACAUGCGCGAGCCGGCCUACGACCCCGCUACGAACUUAGACGGUGUGUAA